AUGAGUACUUAUGAUAGCCACAGAGGAGGAUUGGAAGAAACCAGCAAAGAGCGUCGGGUUGAGAGACCCUCUAGCGCAAAGAACAAGCGUGAUCGUCCAAAGCACAUGAACCCACUUCAAGCCGGUAUUCAGAACUUUGUGAUAAACAAUCUAUCAUCAUCUGUGCUGUCAGCCAAUGGGAUUACAAGAGAGGCUCUAUUUUCGUCUCUCCCAAAACGGUUCACUGUUUACCAGCCUCUUCUACUAUUGCCAGCAAAUGCCUUCAGCUCGCCUCCUGCAUGGGGCACUAUAUGCAGAGACCUUGAUAAUGACCAACGAGUGACUCUUUAUGCAUCCAUAGCUGCAGCUUUUAGCAGUAUGGGAGUUACUCACGUUGCAAUAAAUGCUCCUAUCGAAGCCAGAAACGACACUGGCAGGGAGAACAGGAUGCGGAGUCCCACAGGCCUGGUACCACUGUAUGGUGAUUUUGGUCCCUUUCCACAAUCGGGGGAUAGAGAGGAGCAACAGCCUACAUCUGCUGAUUUUGCGUCCGCAUUCUGGGUGCACACUUCCCAAAAUGGUGGGAUCUUUCAGACCUGGGCACCUCUCCAUACUAUGUUCUCCCGCGGUAACAUUACGGAAAAGGCUCGGAUAUUAGGGCAAGGUAUCAGAUUCGAUGGUCUUGAUGAAGGGACCCUAAAAGGAGAGAAGGUCCAGGAUAUUAGUGUUGUCGACAUGUACGCCGGAAUCGGGUACUUUGUGUUUUCGUACCUCAAGAGAGGAGUGAAGAGAGUUUGGGGAUUCGAGAUUAACGGGUGGUCAGUGGAAGGACUGCGUAGGGGAUGUAUAAAGAAUGGCUGGGGCUGUAAAGUUGUACAGAUCCACGACGACGGCACACUAGAAGGGGGGUUACAAAAGCUUGUUGACGAGCUUAGUGACGCUCACAGGGUUGUCAUCUUUCACGGAGACAACAAAUUCGCGGCGGACAUAUUAGGACAGGUUAAGGACUUCAUGGAACCUAGGGGAUCAUGGAACAGUGUACGGCAUGUGAACCUCGGUCUGCUACCCACGUCAAAGCCGGCAUAUGAAUGUGCCUACAGACUCCUCGAUCGAAGAUACGGCGGUUGGGCUCAUGUGCAUGAGAAUGUCGACAUUCGGGAAAUUGACCAGAAGAAAAACAACAUUCUUGGGGAAUUUCAGUCGCUCUCAACUCUAUUGGAUAAGAAGUCCAUCUCACCUGGAUCACUGGCCAGCAUGCAGUGCCAACAUGUUGAGCAAGUGAAGACUUACGCACCAGGAGUGAUGCAUUGCGUUUUUGACAUUGAGUUGAUAUUCGGGGAUUCCUAA